AUGGAACCUAACAAUCAUGAGAAUGACGGGGGUGAGUGUGAUUGGAAGCCUAGAGUUCGCAUGACAUUUGAUACAGAACAAGAAGCAUAUGAUUUCUAUAAUACUUAUGGAGGAAGGUUGGGCUUUAGUAUUAGAAGGGGUUAUGUAAACAAGAGCAAAGACGGGCAAAUCACUUCAAGGCAAUUUGUUUGUAAUAAGGAAGGAUUUCGGGUUGUCGACAAGCGAGAUUCAUUAACAAAAAAUCCUAGGCAGGAAGUGAGGACUGGUUGUCAAGCCCGAGUUGUCAUUAAGUGGGAUAGGAAUAUUCAGAAAUUUUUUGUUAGUGAUUUUGUUGAACAACAUAAUCAUAUCUUCGUACCAGCAGAAUGUACGCAUAUGUUACCAUCCCAAAGGAAGAUAUCUGCAUCACAGGCAACCGAAAUAGAUUUAGCCGAAAAAUCUGGAAUCCGUCUUAAUGCUGCAUUUGAGCUCAUGGGUAAUGAAGUUGGUGGAAGGGAGUCGCUUGGGUUUACAAAACUUGACCAAAAAAAUUAUUUGAGAACGAAGAGGCAAAACAGUUUAGCAUAUGGGGAGGCAGGUAGCAUUUUGCAAUAUUUUCGUGACAAAUCAUUGGAGAAUCCAUCUUUUUUUUACUCGGUCCAAUUAGAUAACGAAGAGCAGAUUACAAACAUAUUUUGGGCCGAUGCUCAGAUGAUCAUGGAUUAUGGGCAAUUUGGUGAUGUUGUCACUUUCGACACUACUUACAAGUUAAAUAGUGCACAUAGACCAUUUGCGUCUUUUGUUGGAUUAAACCAUCAUAGGGAAACUGUGGUAUUUGGUGCAGCUUUGAUGUAUGAUGAGACCGCCGAUUCUUUCGUAUGGCUUUUUAGAAGAUUCUUGGAGGCAAUGUCAAGUAAGGCUCCAAAAACAAUUUUUACGGAUCAGGAUGCUGCAAUGACUAAGGCCAUAACUAUUUUCAUGCCUAACACAACCCACCGCCUUUGCACUUGGCAUUUGAUGCAAAAUGCAUUAAGGCAUGCAAAUUCUAUCUUCAAGGAUAAGGCGAUGAAGGAUAAGGGAAUGAAGAGUGUUUUAUACACGUUUAUGUACGACAUUGAGGAUGAGGAAGAGUUUAUGUUAAAAUGGGAGGAAAUGCUUGACAAGUAUGAAGUAACAGAUAAUCAUUGGUUGAAGUUAACAUUUGAGGUGAAGGAAAAAUGGGGUUGGCCAUAUGUUAGAAAUGCAUGGGGUGCGGGCAUGAGUAGCACCCAACUUAGUGAAUCCUUUAAUGCUUUCUUGAAGGAUUUCAUUCAGUCUGAUCAUAACUUAAUGCAAUUUUUCAUGCAUUUUGAUCGAGUUCUGUCUGAGAAAAGGUACAAAGAGUUACAAGCUGAAUAUGCUCUAUGCCAAAAGUUGUCCAGGGUGAAUAUUAAAGUGAAGAUUAUGGAGCAAGCUGCAGCUGUUUACACAAAUAAAAUUUUUGAAGAAUUUCAGGAUGAGUAUGUCAAGUCCCUUGAAGUCAACAUUGAAGAAAUUGAAAAUGACGGUGAGAGUACCGUUUUGUGUAGUCAUUGUUUGAAGAUCCUUAGAGAAAGACUCAAUUUGAAAGAGAUUCCUUCACAAUAUAUUUUGAAGAGAUGGACUAAAAAAGCAAGAUCUGAAAAUGUGAAAGAUAGGUGUGGGCAUGAUAUUCAGGUUGAUGUAAGGUUGCAUCAAACUUCAUGUUAUAGGUCAUUGAUGGCAAUAUUCAUAUCAGUAGCGUGUAGAGCUUCUGAAAGUGAGGAAACAUAUAAUUUGACGGUCGAGAAAGCGGAGAAUUAA